AUGGCCACUGUUACCACCGUCCGCGACGUCCUGUACCGCUACACCUUUGCCCAUGCCGUAUACGAGCGCUUGAUCAGCGAUUGCGGCUGCCACCCGCAGGUGGCACGGAACGCCAUGGCGCUCCUGCUCUGUUUCGAUCGGGCCACCAACCAGGUUAUCUCCCGCAUGCAGAGCAUGAGCACCACCUGCCUAGGCCACCUGGUCACCGAGGCCAGCUGCGUCAUCCGCUGCCUUAAAAUGAGGAACCUCCUCGCCGGCCCGCCGACCCCGCUUCUCUCCGCGCUCUGCCAGGACAGCCGCAUGGACGACCCCCUCUUCUUCCCCGUCAACCGGGACUUCAUCGUGCGCGGCAUCACCGACCUCCUCGACGGCGUGUGCACACUCAUUUUCGACGAUCGCCUCUAUCACCUGCUGCGCCGCCAUCAGACUGGCCUUGUCGGCCGCAACCCAGAGCUCGAAGCGCCCUACGCCGGCGUGAUCGCCACCGUGCCGGAGGACUGCCGCUCCAUGUUCGUUACAUUCUCUGUGGGUCAGGCAGUUGAACGAGAAGAGAUCUUUAGCUACUUCAGGGAGACCUGGGGUGACUGCAUUGUCCGCGUUCUCAUGGAGAAGACCACUGGUGGCGCACAGCCAAUGUACGGCCGCGUCAUCUUCAAGAGGAGAGCGUUCGUGAGCCUGCUACUCAACGGCGUCGAACAUGCCUCGAUCUUCAUACGGGGGCGUGAGAUCUGGCUCCGCGAGUACAUCCCGCGCAACAGCAGGAACAACUGA